AUGGCAGCGCCUCGGAGCGGGGCACAAGCGUGGAAUGCCGAGACGACCAAUGCGCCGUCACUUGGCAAGCCAGACAGUGACCAGGAUUAUGAUUAUCGCCCCGGUUCCCCGUACUCGUACCGAGUCGGAGCAGCCUCAGGCACUCGGACUGUCGCCAGGGCUGGAAUCAAAGGCAAAAGAUUCGACAACGCCCCCGACUCACGCGUCCACCGCCAUCGCAAGACGAAAUACUCGUAUAGAAUUGGCAUCCGGCUGCCUCGAGAGAAGCUGCUGACCUUCCCUCAAUACAACGGAAGGGUCAAGGACUUCGUGCGCCAGUGGGGCGGCUCGUUCGUGACGCUCAAGGUUCCACCGUGGAAGUUGUGUGCCAUCGACGCCAUCGGCGCCGCGCCGGGAAACACUAUUGUCCCAACGGCUGUUGUUCCUGUACUUCGUCGACCCGUAUCAUCACUUCCAGGGGUGUCGACGGCGCGCUCGCCUUCCACGACGACAACAUCUCCUCCGUCACGACUCUCGGUGACGGGCCCAUCGAGCUUCUCAGACGCGGAUCUUGGCCCACCCAACACCCCGUUUACCACAUAUCCGUCACCCGAAGCGGAAGCGGACCUUCGCUGCAUCGAGACCAGGACAGCAGCAGCUCAGCAGGACCUUCUUCUAGCACAGACUACUGGGUCAUUCAGCGCACGUGAUACGAGAGGACGAUACUCUGCGCCUACGGCCGCAGCGACAGCAGCGACAGCAGCGACAUUCCAGAUCGGCACCACCUUCGACGACCUGCCUGUUGCCGAACGCCUCAUCCGCAACAACACCAUGGCCCCCGUCAAGGACACCAGCAGCGUGCACAACACGAUCAAAGGCAUCAUCCAGCACUUGACGGACAUCCAACUGCAGACGCACGGCUACAUCCCGCAGACGCAGGAUCUGCUCGUCGACAAGCUCACCGACCUGACGACGUCGCUGGCCGAGCUGAAACGGCUGACGUCCGCGCAGGAGUCCCCCAACAAUUACAUCCACCAGGUGGCCAUCGCGCCGGAGAUAGUCGACUACGUCGACGACGGGCGCAACCCGGACAUCUUCACCCGCGACUUUGUCGAGAUCGUGCAGCGCGGCAACGCCGUCGUGCACGGCAAGCAGCGCGCCUUUCGCGACUUCACCGAGGUGUACGCGCGCAAGUUGAAGGAGGGCAUCCCCGGCGUGAGUGCCCAGGUGGACCGGGUGCUCAAGAACGCCGGCUUUGAGGAACAGGAUGCGUCGAGGUCGAGCACGAAUGGGGCCCACGACGCGGAGAGGCACGUCGAUCCGUAG